CAUCCCUCGGCAUCCACUAAAACUCCUCGUCAUCCAACACGCAACACAACACUACAUACCUCCUUUCAUCUCAGUCUCCAUCCGUGAUAUCGUUCUGUUCGCGCACCUGAUCAAUGCUACACUACGUCCCAUGACCCCUUCUUGUCAAGCCUCCUCAACACUUUCGAUCGCCUGAUGAUUCAUUUCUGUGUGUGAUAGUGCGAUGGCAAAUCCCCAGUACACCGCUGGGCUUCAUUUUAUCGUCUCCACGCCUAUCCGCACCCUGGAUGAGUAUGACCGCAAGGCCAUCAGGAGCCAUGCGACAAGAGCGGCUGUAACACGCCAGCGGGCCCCUCAGCUACGUUCUUGGAUAUGUCCCGAUCGUGAGCUUGGGUCGCUCAAACGAACUGUACUCGAGAACCCCUCGGCCCCAGAGCCCGCCAUAUCAGUAUCAUAUCCUAGGCGGGUGGGCUCAGAUUUUUCUGGACUACAACUGCCGUCAGGAGUCGAGUCUUACAUGAUUCAGGACCUGGUAAGAUUAAUUGACCUCGAUAAGCGUGGGGCAUACCCUUACGAGGUUUGCCUUGAUAUCCAUUUGGUAGAGAGGGGUUGGUUUCCGUAUAUGAUCAGUGACGUAUGCUGCCUCCAUUCGAUGAUGUUCUUGGUUCGGGCUUUUGUAGAAGGGGCAUUGCAUAACCAAUUAAGCCGCCUUGCCCGCUUCCAUUAUGCCCAAACCUUGCAACAUCUUCAGGCCCGGCUUGAUGCGUCUGACAAGACACUUGCGACAUCUGAUUCAACAAUCAUGGUUGUUUUUUUCCUGGCGUCGGUUGCAGAGCUUACUAAAGACUUUGCCACUGUAGCAACCCAUAUCAAUGGCCUAGACAAGAUUGUCAACCUGAGAGGUGGAGUUAAAGCGCUAAAUACACACAAUAAUAUACAGUUCAAAGUCUGCAGGGCCGAUCUGUCGUAUGCUUUGCUGUCUGGACACCGACCACGUCUCCUUAAAGGAUUCCCUUGGACGUGCUUUAUCGCUCACCGGGGCCUAAUUAAUUGUAGCCACCAGCCUCAUGACGCCACAGUACGUGCCUUCCUGGAGACUACUGUUGAUACAAGACUACAUAACGCGUUCAGAGACCUUCAUGAUUUCUCUUGCAUUAGUAAUCUUGCCUAUCAGACGACACGUAAGCUCUCACCGGACAUCUAUAAUGAGAUGAUGAUUUCCAUUCUUUACCGACUUACCAAUCUGUCUUUUGAGGGCGAUCCUGUACAAGAGAUGAUUCGAAUUGGCCUGUUAACCUUUUCUUCAACCCUUUUCAUACAACGGCAUUUUAUAGAACAGCCUUACGAUCAUCUUUUGCAUCUCUAUAAUAACGCCUUGUUUGGGCUGCUUGGACUUACAGACAUUGAGCUUCCAAUAGCUCUUUUACUUUGGUUCACGAUCUUCUCACUUGUGGUGGGAUGUGAGGAGACACCUUUAGCAGGCAGGCUGCGUGUCUUGCUUGACAAGGCUCUACUUCGUGUCAGUAUCAACUCAUGGCACCUAGCACGGGAAAUACUGGGAUCGAUCAUGUGGGUCGACUUUAUCCAUGACCGACUAGGAAAGCAAGCUUUCGAAUCGGCAAUGUUCCGACUAAAGAUGUAACGGCCGGCUUGGCAUCUUGGGUGCCUCAGGCGGUUAAGGCGGCUAGGGCUGGGGGUUAGUGCGGCAUGUGCCACGUGACUAGGCUGUCAUUUGGUUCGGUUCUGGUCCUGAGUUUCUGGACCAAACCCAAAAGUGGGUCGGUUCGGUUUGAUCUUUAAUAUUGAAACCAGAACUGAAAACUAAAUAAUUCUAGCUCUUUAAAUUGAAACUAAAUUACGCUAAAAAAGAAUUACUAAUUAUAAUUAGAUUAGUUUAAGUCUAGUCCAGUUUUUAUUCAAAUAAUUAAAUUAUAUUAAAGAAUUUUUAAUUAUAAUUAGAUUUUAUUUUUAAAAAUA